ACAUAAAAUCCAGUUUGGACAUGCCUGAAUUAAAAGGUGAAACCUUCACAAUGCAAGGAAAGUUGGAGUUCAUCGGCAAACAGAGCAGAACAUUGGAGGAAGUGUACACUAAAGUAACAAGAAUGACAGGCCAAGCUUGUGCAUGUGACAAGUUCGUUAGGAGACAGUUCUAUGAUUUUACCUUUUGCAACUUAAAAGCCGUACAUGAUGAUCUGAACGCUCGUGUCGCCGACCUGAAGUCAGCAGACACAAAGCUCACAAAGGAAGAAAAUGAGAAGCUUCAAAUUCUGCUGGCAGACCAAAGAGGAAGAGAAAAACAGGUUGAGCAGUUGGAAGCAACGCGGGUGCAGCUAUUCUUCUGCGCUGAGGAAGAACAGAGGAUAUCUCAAUACUCAACACCAGAGAGACGAAAGUCAGCGCCAUCUAUUCCAGUGCAGGAAAUCAAAGACUAUAUGAAUACUACCGACCAGUUUGCAGGAAAUACACCCAAGCAAACAGAACAAGUCGUGGUUGAAGAUCUUACCUGUACAGUUAACCAAAUUUCCGAAAGCAUAGAAAAACUUCAAAAAACGCUUGCAGACAUAAAAUCCAGUUUAGAAGUGCCUGAAUUAAAAGGAGAAACCUUCACAAUGCAAAGAAAGUCGGAGUUCAUCGGCAGACACAGCAGAACAUUGGAGGGAGUGUACACUAAAGUAACAAGAAUGACGGAUCAAGCUUGUGCAUUUAAAGAGUUCGUCAGGAGACAGUUCUAUGAUUUUACCUUUUACAACUUAAAAGCUGCACAUAGUGAUCUGAACGUUCGUGUUGCCGACCUAAAGUCAGUGGACACGAACUUCACAAAGGAAGAAAAUGAGAGGCUUCAAAUUCUGCUGGCAGACCAAAGAGGAGGAGAAAAACAGGUUGAACAGUUAGAAACAACGCGGACGCAGCUAUUCUCCACUGCUGAGGAAGAACAGAGGAUAUCUCAAUAUUCAACAUCAGAGAGGCGAAAGUCAGCGCCAUCUAUUCCAGUGCAGUUACCAUCAGCAAAUACAGAUGGGGUGUCGCCGAAGAAAUCCACUAAGAUCAAACGAAAUAAAACAUGGAGUCUUUUUAGAAGCUGGAGGAAGAGCAGUGAAAUACCUGCAGUGAAGGGCAGUGAAAAUAUGUGCAAUCUUGUUUCCUAUUCCCAAAAGGCUCCGGAGGAUUCUUGACUCCAAAGGAAGGUCUUGAGCAAAAAGUUGAAGGUCACAUGUUGCUAUGUAUUAUUCUAUUGACACCAUAUACACU